AUGACGAAGGUCAACGGCCUAAGUGGAGGAGAUUUCAACUUUUUGGGGUCUCGGCAUUUGCUCGCGCCUAGUCAAUUGUUCAUAAAUGGUCGCAGAUACUACAUCGACAACGACAGCCACCAGCACUACAUCAACCACUACUCCGACCACUACAACCAACAUAUCAACAACAAACGCAACAAGUACUAUUUCGACAACUACCACAAAUACAACUACUUCGACCACUACACUACAUCGACCACUACCAGCACUACAUCCACCACUACCAGCACUACAUCGACCACUUCUACCACCACCACCUCAACGACCACUACUACCCCUAGUACUAAAUCGACAACGACAACCACCAGCACUACAUCGACCACUACUAACACUACAUCGACCACUACCAGCACUACAUCGACCACUACCAGCAUCACAUCGACCACUACCAGCACUACAUCGACCACUUCUACGACCACCACCUCAUCGACCACUACUACCGCUAGUACUAAAUCGACAACGACAACUACCAGCACUACAUCGACCACUACCAGCACUACAUCGACCACUACCAGCACUACAUCGACCACUACCAGCACUGCAUCGACCACUACUAACACUACAUCGACCACUACCAGCACUACAUCGACCACUACCAGCACUACAUCGAUCACUACCAGCACUACAUCGACCACUACCAGCACUACAUCCACCACUACCAGCACUACAUCGACCACUUCUACCACCACCACCUCAUCGACCACUACUACCCCUAGUACUAAAUCGACCACGACAACCACCAGCACUACAUCGACCACUACUAACACUACAUCGACCACUACCAGCACUACAUCGACCACUACCAGCAUUACAUCGACCACUACCAGCACUACAUCGACCACUUCUACGACCACCACCUCAUCGACCACUACUACCGCUAGUACUAAAUCGACAACGACAACUACCAGCACUACAUCGACCACUACCGGCACUACAUCGACCACUACCAGCACUACAUCGACCACUACCAGCACUACAUCAACCACUACCAGCACUACAUCGACCACUACUAACACUAUAUCGACCACUACCAGCACUACAUCGACCACUACCAGCACUACAUCGAUCACUUCCACCACCAGCACCUCAUCGACCACUACUACCCCUAGCACAACAUCAACCACUUCAACCACCAGCACAACAUCGACCACUACCAGCACUACAUUGACCACUACUAACACUACAUCGACCACUACCAGCACUACAUCGACCACUACCAGCACUACAUCGACCACUACCAGCACUACGUCGACCACUUCCACCACCAGCACCUCAUCGACCACUACUACCCCUAGCACAACAUCAACCACUUCAACCACCAGCACAACAUCGACCACUUCUGCGACCACUACAACCACCAUAUCAACAACAAUCCCAACAAGUACUACUUCGACAACUACCACAACCACAACUACUUCGACAACUAGUACCACACAUAAAAUGUGUCAUUUUAUCAAUAGUCACGAACACCAUUUUAUUCAUGGUAGGAAAAGAUGCACAACCAAAUGUUUUCCCAAAGAGAUGGCAGCCAUUAAAUGUGGAAACAAUUUUGAUACGUCCCCGUGUACACAUGGUUGUGUCUGCUGUACCAAGACACCUCACAACACAACAACAACCACUACCACAACCAGCCUUGAACCCACCACUACUAUCACUAGCACUUCAUCUACCAGAAAAGAUGCACAACCAAAUGUUUUCCCAAAGAGAUGGCAGCCAUUAAAUGUGGAAACAAUUUUGAUACGUCCCCGUGUACACCAGGUUGUGUCUGCUGUACCAAGACACCUCACAACACAACGAUAA